CAGAAAUAAGUUAUAUCAGUUUAUUAUGAAAACUAUAUUUUUUAAACAGGAAGUGACUCUCGAGAAGGGUUCAAAAAUAUACGAUGAUUGGGUGGAAAAUCCUGUUGCAACAUACUUUCAAGUUUGGGUGUUUGAUAUUCAGAAUCCUGAAGAAGUAAUAGAAAGAGGCGAUAAACCGUUUCUUGCAGAGAGAGGCCCCUACACAUAUAGGGAAUAUAGACAGAAAUAUAACAUCACGUAUCAUGCAAAUAAAACCGUGUCAUACAGAGAGCUACAGUAUUAUGUAUUCGAUGAAGGAGCUUCUGUGGGACCCGAGUCUGAUAGUAUUACAUCUGCAAAUGUCCUGAUGAUGACACUCGCAGACAUCAUUAAACGAGAAUACAGUUAUGUUAAAGAGUUAGCAGAAAUCAUUUUGGAUGCAACAGACGACAGCAAGCUACUCACUAAAUACACAGUCUCCCAGUUGUUAUGGGGAUAUGAAGACCCCCUUUUAAGAAGAGUAAAUUCUAUACUACAAAAAUACAAUAAAACCAUUGACAACAAAAUUGGACUAUUUUACGGAAAAAAUAAUACAGAUGAUGGUAUUUACACAGUUUUUACAGAAAGGUCAAAAUUGGGACAGAUAAGUCGCUGGAAUGGGUUAAAGGAGCUUCCACAUUGGACAACAAAAACAUGUCGCAUGAUAAACGGAACAGAAGGUAGAUUUUUCCAUCCAGAUGUUAAGACUAAAGACACAUUAUAUGUUUUUGCAUCAGAUUUGUACAGAUCAUUCUACUUGGAAUAUUUAGGCGAGAAGCAAAUAAAGAACAUAAAUUUAUACAGCUAUGUUAUACCAGAUAAACUGUUCGCUGUAACUGACGAGAAUGCUGGAUUUUGUACUCCUUACGGUCAAUGCACACCAGCAGGAUUGCAGAACAUAAGCUUGUUCAAACAAAAUGCACCUAUUUAUAUGUCGCAGCCACAUUUCUACGCUGGAGAUCCUGAUAUUAUAAACAGUGUGGUUGGUCUUCAUCCUACACCAAUAAUACAUCAAACAAUUCUAGAUGUAGAACCGAUGACGGGUAUCGUAAUGAAUAUAAAUAAAAGACUACAGAUUAACAUAUAUUUACAAAAUGUUACGAAUAUCAGAGACUCUGCACAUUUUACAGGUGGUCUGUAUCUGCCUAUGGCCUGGGUAAAUGAGAGUGCUGGUUUGGAUGACAAAAGUGCCAAGAAGUUUAAGAGUGAAAUACUGCAUCCGUUAAAGUUGGCUGAGGGAUUAGAAUAUGCCUGCAUUAUAACUGGUUGUUUGCUAUCUGGCUGUGUGGUUUUAUUUUCUUUCAAAAAAUGUCUUUUCAAUAAUAUAAAAGGUUCUUUUACAAGUGACUUGCAUGGAGAAGACAAUAAUGAGAACUCAAAGCUGAUCAAUCCAGAUAAAAAAAUAUCCUCCAAUUCAAAAAGAAAAGGACAAAAACCAAAAGUGAUGUUUAAGGAUGAAGAUAAUGAUAAAUAGUCAGUUUUCAAUCAAAAUAAAGUAUGUGAAAAUUGUGAAACUAAUUACUCCUCAAUCAGACAGUAGUAAUUAGUUAAUGCUUAUUGGACUUGUUCUGUUUAUCAUGUCAUCUAUAAAAUACAAAUAUAUACACAAGUAUUGAUAACAUCAGCAUAUAUCAUAUACUGAGGAUUCAUCAUUAUUCGUUGAAUACCAAUUUCCGUGGAUUUCGUGGAUACAGAUGAACCACGAAAUUAAGUGUUCCAAGAAUUACAAAUUUUCUAUAAGGUUAUAUGCAGACUUUGGCAAGACCACAAAAUCAAAUAUCCACUUAAAUGCCAAUUUUCCUCAAUCCACGAAAAUUGGUACCCAAGAAAAUAAAUGAAUCCACAGCACUAGUAUUAAUCUAUAUUUAAUUACUCGUGGAUGUAUUAUAAGCUUCUUUUGUAAGAAGUGAAAAGUCGAUACAUUUUGUAUUUUUCUCAUAAGCAAAAUACCGCAUGAAAAUAUAUCUUGUAUGUAAAUUCAGAUGCUCAACUUUUGGGCACUCAUUCUCUUAUACUAAAAAUCUCUGUUAUCUUAUUUUCAUUUUACAAAUUAAAAAUAGAACUCUGAAUUGAUUGUUUUAUUUUCAUUUUAGCCUGACAAAAUUCAGUUUCAUCUUUUACAUAAGGAAUGCAAAAUAUUAUUGUCCUACCCAUUACUCAAUACUAUUAUUUCUUUCAU